AACCGAGGGUGCACAAAUAAUCCAGCCGUGUUCUGCUCAACGCUAACACGUUUUAAUGAUUUUAGUCCGAUCUAGUAACAAACGGUGACGGUUUGCAGCUAUUGAAUAACGUUAGCCUAGUGAACAGAUGGUCGCACUACAGGACACGAGGGUCGAUCGCAGCCAAAGUUAGACACUGCGAAGCGAUAAGGGCACAAAUGCUGCGGCACACACUACUCCUGAGUACAUCACACUACACGCAGCGAUCAGCCGCAACGCUCGUUAUGAUGAGAGAGAGCAGCGACGCGGAGGAAUGGAGAUCAAGAUGAAAAAUCGUUUCUUCAAGGUAUAAAAUCUCAUCGAACUCUUCUCCGGCAUGUCUUUUCCGCAUACCGACAGCGCGAUUUGUUUGUGUGUGAUCCAUCCCGAAACGGAACCGGUUUCACCUGAUCCACCGCUAUGGUCGCGAACGCUGUGUUAGCUGAACAAAGGGCAUCCCGGUGUUUAUCGCGACGGACGUACGGUGAGGGACCCGCACACGUUUUUCUUUACAACGUGAACCUUUUUCGCUUUGCCUAGCCGUGCCGUGUAUUCUGGCUGCCCUGGCGCCCGUCACCGGAGUCCUGGGAAGAGAGGGUCGGGAUGGAGAACUGUUGUCGCAGCUGUAUGCCAUGUCUGAAGAGGUUGUGGGACUGGAUAUGGCCCGAAUUGUUUUACCCGAACGUCGCUCACCCGGCCGAGAUCCGCACCGUUUCAGGUGAUAUCCGGGUCCCGGCGCCUAAGAAGAAACAAUCGCAGCUUUACGCGGCUCUGUUCGACUUUGUAGCCCGUAGCGAGGAAGAGCUUACUGUGAAGGAAGGGGACAAACUGUCCGUCAUAGAAAAGAGGGGAGAUUAUGUACUUGCCAAGAAGCUGACCGGGUCCCUUGAGUCCGGUUUGGUCCCUGCUAAUUAUGUGGCCCUGGUACAGGACGAAUUCGCAAACUAUAAAUGGUACUAUGGGAAUAUAAACAGGCAAAAAGCUGAGAAGCUGCUUCUGGCUCCUCAGAAUAAAACUGGUUCCUUUCUGGUGCGGAUCAGUGAGAGCCACAGUGAUGAAUAUACCAUCUCCGCCAGAAGCGAAAAUAGUGUCUUCCAUUUCCGUAUCCAUCGUUCAGCCGUUGGUGCUUACUUUGUAUCCGACAAGAUCUCUUUUGCCACUCUGGAUGAGCUUAUCAAAUAUUACCAGAAUAAUUCGAGAAGUCUGGGAUGUCCCUUAGACCAGCCAUGUGUACAGCAAAGGGAGCUGUUCGACAUGGAACCGUGGGAGCGUCCGAGGGAGGAGUUUCAGCUUAUCAAGAAACUCGGGGAAGGACACUUUGGAGAGGUUUGGGAGGCUGUCUGGACCACCAAGAAGCAGAAAGUGGCUGUCAAGAUGCUCAAACAAGAGGACACAAAGUUGGAUGAAUUUGUCAAGGAGGUUCACGCACUGAAGAAUCUGCACCAUCCUAAACUGAUUCAGCUCCUGGCUCUGUGCACACGAGGAGAACCCGUCUAUAUCGUCACUGAGCUCAUGAUUAAAGGAAGCCUGAAAUCAUACUUGUCUGCACCUGAGGGUCAGGUGUUGACCUCUGCUCACCUGAUCUACAUGGCUGGUCAGAUAGCAGAAGGAAUGGCCUAUCUGGAGGACCGACACAUCGUCCACAGAGACCUGGCUGCUCGAAACAUCCUGGUUGGAGAUGACCUGGUGUGUAAAGUGGCUGACUUUGGUCUGGCGCGCAUCAUAAAGGACAGUGUGUAUACAGCUAGUAGAAACACUAAGAUCCCCGUGCGCUGGACGGCUCCAGAAGCUGCACUUUAUCAGCGCUUCUCAGUGAAAUCUGACGUCUGGUCUUUCGGAGUGGUGCUCUAUGAGAUGAUGUCACGUGGAAAAAUGCCGUAUGAUGGCAAGAAUAAUAAGGAAGUUUUGGAGAUCCUGUCCUCAGGCUACAGGUUGCCAUCUCCAAGCCGUUGCCCGCCAAACAUCUACCGCAUCAUGAUGGAAUGCUGGCAUGCGGAGCCUUCCAAACGGCCCUCGUUUCACGCACUUCAUAGUCAGCUAGACAACAUCUACUCCAGAAUCUACUUCAAAACCAUUGAAGUGUAGAAUGCAGUGAGAAGAGAGAGACUUGAAGCAUGUGAUUGUGGAAUGCUGAGACAAGAAAGAGAAUGAAGAAAAGACUUGCAUGGACAAAAGUGCACGAAGGACAAAUGCACAAAGGUGUACUCCAGUGUCAAUGAAAGAAUGUUUAUGACUGCUUAAAUGAUAUGAUUGAAGGGAGGUGCAAAAAAUGUUUGUGUAGGACUUGGAAAAGCCACGAAAGAGGAAAAUAGGAGCCGAGAACAAACUAAGUGCAUCUCCUUAAUCUGACGGGACCAGAUUAUCUAUAGCUUGUCACAAAAGCUCUUGGUUGUCAAGAGUUGAAGUACUUCAUUACGCACUAGUUAUACGGUAAUAUAAACACACAGCACUUCCUUAUUGUUUAUGUGCUACACUGUAAAACUUUGCUGUAGUUUUUGCAACUUACUGUAGAUUUAAUUACUAAUAUACUUUACAAUUAGUACUGUUUUCCAUUACUUUAAUCAAAGUUAAAACACUUAGACUUUUGAGAUUCAAAAUGAGCAAGAAGAGACCGGCAUUAGCACAGCAACAAAGUAAAAAAAUGGCAUUCUUCCUAAGCAUUAUUCUCUUGUUUUCUGUAAAAAUGUUUAAAACUUCUUAAAUUACGAUACAUUUACAUACCAAGAAAAGUGACCCAAGAUAUUUAGUCUUGUUUUAUGAAAGAAAAAUAUAUAAACUAGGCAAUUUUAUGCUUAAAACAAAAUGGUACAUUAAAUCUACAGUAAGUUACUGGCAAACCUGCUGCGAAAUUACAGCAAAAUUUUACAGUGUGGAGUUGAUCUGGCCCGUUCAGGUUCUGUAGGAACAGGAGAUGAUUUGGUCCGUUUUCAGGUGAGAGUUUAUGUUUACAAAUGAUUCACCUGCCAAAAUAUGGACAGGUGUUAAGAACGCGAUGGAAACUAUGGCCAUUUUAAGUUAUAAUUGUUGACUGCACAAAUUGUUUUUAUUACCAAGUGUAUGAUCUUUAAACGCUUUUAAGAUCAAACACAGGAGCCAUAUGACAAAAACUACCUGAGUAGGCUUCCUCUGUGUCAUAAUUUAAUUGUCUUCCAGUGCAUUUUACUAAAGCACCGUUUCUCUUCAUGUAUUCUGUGGACAACUCUUGUAAAUAAAAUAUUUUUUCAAUAAA